UACAGAGAGUUGGAGUAGGCACUAAUUCGUCCAGUCAGCGACGAUAAUGCGCAGUUGAUUACCAGACCUGCAAAGGCAAGACCGCUGCUUACUAGACCUGCGGCACAAUUUAGGGCAAAUGCUUCAUUUUUUCAUCCUAUAAAGCGGACAGUUAUUACCCUAACAAUCAUCAUCAUCAAGUCCCGAGUUCGAAUCGCAAUGGAAUCCUCCACUUUGUUCUCCAUUUUCAUCAUCGCUGCAACCCUAACGGCCACCGCUGUGGCGAAACCCCGAGGGGGCGACUUCAUUAAAUCUUCCUGCAAUGUCACUCGCUAUCCCGACGUCUGUGUGAAGUCGCUGAGGCCGUAUGCGGCCGCUCUGCGGGCCAAGCAAAGCCAGAGCGAGCUUGUGAAGGCUGCCGUCAAAGUGAGCCUGGUUUACGCCCAAAAUUCGACGGCCUGGACUGUCACGCUCUCCCGGACGAGCAGGAGCCUCAGCAAAACAGAGCGCUCGGCACUGAAAGAUUGCGUGCAGAAUUUCGGUGAUACUUCUGAUCAGAUCCGGCAAUCACUGACUGAGCUGAAGCAUCUGAAGCGCGGAACUUUCAAAUUCCAGAUGAGCAAUGUGCAGACUUGGAUGAGCGCGGCUCUAACGAACGAGGACAGCUGUCUUGAUGGCUUCCGGUAUGAUCAGAAUGGGAGGGUUAAAGUGCUUGUUCAGGGGCGGGUGCAGAAUUCUGAAAAGUUGAUCAGCAAUGCGCUUGCUUUGGUCAAUAAUCUUGCUUCCACUGGAGGAUAUUCAAAGGUUUUCUGAGUUUCCCUGUUACAGGGCUCUGUUUCUCUGUGUCUGUGUGUUGGGAACUCUCUGUUUUAAAGGCCUAGGUUGAUCAAAAGAUCGAUGUUCAUAGAGAUGAUUAAAGACAGCAAUCUAUGAUACAGGUGAAUAUACUUUUAGUCUUUUGUUUAAAAUGUUUCUCAAAUAAUAUGCACAUGAUGAAUCAAGGAUUACUUGAUUCUAUCUUGAUGCUCAAUGAAUUAACAUUGAAUGAAUUUGAUAUAUAUUGAAAGAACAUUGGAUGAA